AGGACAGAGUGGGAAAAGGAACAAGCAGAGUUAGAGGCAGGACAAAAGAAGUUAUAUAGCCGCUAUAUACAUUUUAUUUGAAUGUUUUGCAAGGCGUGUAGUGGGGAAAAGCAACACCGGUGAGUGUGGAUGGACUUGACUGUGUAGUCAUGGAGCCACCAUUGAACAAGAGGAAUCCGGCACUAAGAUUAGCGGAUUUGGCAGCAACUCAACCCCAUUCUCAUCAGAAUAUGACAGGCUUUCCGGGGCUUGGAGGCCAUCACCUUCACUCCCACCAUGCGCACCUCCACCCUGCGGAGAUGGGUAGCGACCCUGGAGUGGCACUCACUCCAUUUGGACCAGAGCACAUGGCACAGAGUAAUGCUCUCAAACUUAGCCCCUCUCAGCACAUGCAAAACCACCCUGAAGCCCAGACAGCGACAUCUUUUGCUUCUCAGACCACAGUUGGCUUCCCCGUGGCUCACCCCCACUCAGGAUACGCUUCCAGCAGGGACUACAUCCUCAGGAGAGAACUAUCAGCCUCUGCUAUGCAGGCACUUGGCGAGCAACAUAGUUCCUCCUCCCCUCACCAUCAUGGCAUGUUUAUUUCCACAACAGGUGCUUAUGGGCACACGGAAGGAGGUGCCCAUGCUCUUUUUACUGGACUCCACGAGCAAGGUGUCCCAGGUACCCACCACCACCCUCUUAACGGACAGAUGCGUUUGGGUCUUCCGGGGGACAUUUAUGGCAGACCAGAGCAUUUCAGUCACAGGCCUGAGCACUAUGGACCCUCUUCUCUCCACAGCUACAACUCUAUGAACUUAAAUGUGAACAUCGCAGCAGCUCCCCACGGAGCCGCAGGGGCGUUUUUGAGGUACAUGAGGCAGCCCAUCAAGCAAGAGUUAAUCUGCAAAUGGAUUGACCAGGAGCAAACUUCAAAGAAACCCUGCUCCAAAACUUUCAGCAGCAUGCACGAGCUGGUUAACCAUGUUACGGUGGAACACGUCGGGGGACCGGAACAGGGCAGUCACGUCUGUUUCUGGGAGGAAUGUCCACGAGAAGGCAAAGCCUUCAAGGCGAAAUACAAACUGGUAAAUCAUAUCCGAGUUCACACAGGAGAAAAACCUUUCCCCUGCCCUUUUCCUGGUUGUGGCAAAGUGUUUGCACGCUCAGAAAACCUCAAGAUUCACAAGAGGACACACACAGGGGAGAAACCUUUCAAAUGUGAGUUUGAUGGCUGCGACAGGAAGUUUGCCAACAGCAGUGACAGGAAGAAGCACUCACACGUCCACACGAGUGACAAGCCUUACUACUGUAAAGUAAGAGGCUGUGACAAGUCCUACACGCACCCCAGCUCCUUAAGAAAGCACAUGAAGGUCCACUGCAAAUCACCUCCAUCUCCUUCUGUCAACAUGGGUUCCAUUUACCAAACUUCAUCUAACACUCUCGGAGCCCCCAUCUCCCCGACCACAGAGCCAACCAGGAGCCGUUCCAGCAAUCUUUCCCCUCAGGUCACCAAUCUCAACGAAUGGUACGUUUGCCAAGGGAGUGGGGCACCUAACAAUCUCCAUACCCCCUCAAGCGACGCAGCCACUUCUGACUCUGAGGAUGAAGAGUCAUACAGGAACUCAGACCCAAGGACUAUGCUCUGAUUAUUUAUAUAUAUAUAUAUAUAUAUAUAUAUAUAUAUAUAUAUAUAUAUAUAUAUAUAUAUAUAUAUAUAUAUAAUGUGUGUGUGUGUGUGUGUGUGUGGUUAUUACUGUUGCUGUCGCUGUUGUUGGACAUUGAAGGGGGAGAUUUCGCAUAUCGAUAUGUAUAGUGACGCAACAUUAAACCGUAAGAGAUGGAAGUAAUCCUAGGAGUGGUAUAUUUUAUUAAUAGGAUUUACAGUCAUCUCAAAGAAUUCAAUUGCUAUUCAAAUACAUAUUUCCAAAAAAGCCACAAUGCAAUUAAAUAAGAUAACGUUGUAAAACUUAAAGGUCAUGAAAUUACGGCUACGAGUGUAAAUCUAAAUUCUAUCACGACCAAAUAGCUUUGAUUCUUGAUUUAAUAAAUUCUUAUAGCCCAAACAGACAUCAUUGAAAGUCAUGGAUUAGAUUAUUUCCAAAAUUAACUAAAUAAAUUAUUAUUAUUAUUAUUAUUAUUAUUAUUAAUAAUAAUAAUAAUAAUAAUAAUAAUAAUAAUAAUAAUAAUAAUAAUAAUAAUAAUAAUAAUAAUAAUAAUAAUAAGAGAGCUUAUUCAAAUUUAUAAAUUAAAGUCUAUACCUUGGUUAUCGGUGUAACGAUAUUUUAUAAUGCUCUUUUAACGAUUUUUAAUAAUACAUGUAAAAUAUAAACUUUGUUUUGUUGUGGAAAAGUGUUAAGUAACACCCUACGUGUCGUAUUUGUGUGGUAGUGUGUGUGUUUAUCCAUCACUGAUCAUUGAUGAAUGAUGUUAUGAUGACACUGUCUGUAUGUGAGCGUGACUCUAACUUGUCUGAUCUAUCAAUGGCUAAUCUGUACAUUGCAACAUAAGUACCUAC